ACUACGAAUUUCAAAAAAAAUCUAGUUAUACUUUCUUUGACGUAACACAAUGUCAUUUAAACAUUUUUCAUAAAUUUUGUACCAUAAAUUUUCGUACAUCAACAUUCUAAUAAACCCUUUAAACAAGAAUAGUUUUAGCAAACAUUCCCAAAAUCCACCAGGAACCUCUUUGACUUGCGCAGUCGCUGACAUUCUGACAUUUCACAACUUGUGUCGUGUGUGAACGUAACGUACGGCUUUUGUGAUAUUGUGAUUCACUAAAAACGCUUUUCCUGAAAUAUAUGCUGGAAGUUUUUAUAUUAAAAAACUUCUAUUACACGUCUUGAAUUGUUAUAAUAUGAGUAAUGCACCCAACCAAAAUGGAUCAGGUCUAGAGCAGCAAUUUGCUGGUCUGGACUUGCAGAGUCGCAGCUCGAGCAGCAGCGGCCGUUACGUGCCCCCGCACUUACGCAACAAACAGUCUUCACAAUCUCAACAAUCUUCUGAUAAUAAUUACGAUAAAGAUCGUUACGAAAGAGAUCGUAGCGGACUCGAUUCACGAGAUAGAGGAGGCAGCAGAGGAGGUAGCAGAAACUUUGGCAGAGAAAAAGAUAAUAGGGGUGGGGAUUUUUCUAGUUUUAAUACAAGGAAUAGAAGAGAUUUUCAAAACGGCGAUGCUUAUGACAGGCAUGACUGGGGUAGUGGACGCAAUAACGACAGGGACAGGGACCGUAACACCGAUCUUCAACCGCGCAAUGAUCGCUGGCAGGAACCAGAGCGUUCUUCAAGAGGUAACGAUCGAGAUGGGGGCGGUAGGUGGAAUGACAAUGGAGGUGGAGGUGGCCGCUGGAAUGAAAACCGCAGGAACAUUUCUUCCGAAAGCGAUUGGACGAUCCCUAUGCCAAGAGACGAACGCAUCGAACAAGAAUUGUUUGGCAUUGGCAACACUGGAAUUAAUUUUAGUAAAUAUGAAGAUAUACCGGUGGAGGCAACUGGAGACAGAGUCCCCCGUCACAUUACAUCUUUUGAGGAAGUACAGCUGACAGAGCUAAUUCGUAGCAAUAUUGCUAUGGCUCGUUAUGAUUCCCCUACUCCGGUACAGAAAUAUGCUAUACCGAUUAUCAUAUCGAAGAGAGACGUAAUGGCGUGCGCGCAAACGGGAUCCGGCAAGACGGCCGCUUUCCUUGUACCAAUUUUGAAUCAGAUGUUUGAAAAUGGUCCUCCAAAUAUUCAGCAUGGUAGAGGCAGACGCAAGCAGUUCCCUCUAGGGUUGGUAUUAGCACCAACUAGAGAAUUGGCAACACAAAUUUAUGAUGAAAGCAAAAAAUUUUCUUAUAGGUCAAGAGUUAGACCUUGUGUUGUUUAUGGUGGCGCUCAUAUAGGCGAUCAAGUGCGUGAAUUAGAACGCGGAUGCCACCUUCUUGUAGCAACUCCUGGUCGUUUACUCGAUUUAAUAGACAGAGGACGUAUCGGACUCGAUUAUUGUCGUUAUCUUGUACUUGAUGAAGCCGACAGAAUGUUAGACAUGGGUUUUGAAGUUCAAAUUAGACGUAUCGUCGAAAAAGAAACUAUGCCAAAAACUGGUGAAAGACAAACUUUGAUGUUUUCAGCAACUUUUCCAUCUCCCAUCCAAAUGUUGGCUAGGGAUUUUCUCGAUAAUUAUAUUUUCUUGGCAGUCGGCAGAGUAGGAAGUACAUCUGAGAAUAUUACCCAAAAAGUGGUGUGGGUAGAAGAACACGAUAAAAGAUCAUUUUUAUUGGAUCUAUUGAACGUUGCAGAUUUGCAACAACCUUCGGCAGAAAGUUUAACUCUAGUUUUUGUGGAAACGAAAAAAGGGGCUGACGCUUUGGAAGAAUUUUUGCACAAUGAAGGUUAUCCUGUAACAUCGAUUCACGGUGACAGGAUUCAAAGAGAAAGAGAAGACGCCCUUCGGCAAUUCAGAUCAGGGAAUACUCCGAUUUUGGUUGCUACCGCUGUUGCUGCCAGAGGAUUGGAUAUUCCUCACGUCAAACACGUUAUUAAUUUUGAUUUACCUUCCGACAUCGAAGAAUAUGUACACCGAAUUGGACGUACAGGCCGAAUGGGUAAUUUAGGUCUAGCAACAUCAUUCUUCAAUGACCGCAACAGAAAUCUGUCUAGCGCUAUGUUAGAUCUAUUAAUUGAAGCCAAACAGGAAUAUCCUAGUUGGUUGGAGAGUGUAGCUGCCGAUGGUAGAGUACCUAGCGCAAGUAGAAGAGGUGGGAAAGGUAGGUAUGGUAAUAGCGGAGGAGGAAGUUUUGGUAGCAGAGAUUAUCGUCAACAAUCCGGAGGUGGUAGUCAAAGAGGACAAAGAUCUAGUGGUGGCGGUGGAUACGGAAAUAAUGGAUAUGGAAACGGAGGGAAUCAUUAUGGAGGAAUGGAUAGAGGAAGUAACUUUGGAGGAAACUACAACAACUCUAACAGUCGCGAUGAUUGGUGGGAAAAUUAAGAGUAAUUAAGCUCGACAGAUUAUUAGAUUAAAAUACUUAACACGUACCUAUUUACCUCCCGAUACGUACUUCUAGUAAUCCAGUCUCUACUUUAAUGUCAGUGUUAUCUCGCUCUCCAAUUCUCCACCCAACAUUUCCCUAUAUAUUUAUUAUUUUCAAGUCAUUAUUUAUUUCAGAAAAUAAACUCCUGACGAUAAUAGUAAAAUUUUCCUCCCAGUUUUCGUUUUGAAAAACUCUCCUUGUGUACCUUGUUAUAGGAAACUUACUGAUAAAAAAAAACAAAAAUAAUAGGAAAACUAUUGUUAAGAAUACGUGUAUUAUUCUUUUCUUUUUUCCGUGGUCUAUUACGAGCAUUUUUGUGAUUUAAUAUUGAAAAGUUUUCUUGAGGAAAAACAGUUUUAGCUGAAACUAUUGAAAAAUUAAAUAUUUCGAUGACUUUCGCAAGUAUUGGACUUGAUAUGUUUGAUUUAAAAAAAUAUGUUUUCCAAAUUUAAAAAGUUAUAAUAUUAAUAUUUUGAGGUAAAUAACAUGGAGAGUGAGUCAAUCAAACAUUACAUUCUGUGCAAAUUCUUUUCAAAAUUUUCGAUGGUUUUGAAUUUUAAACAAAGUAAAUGUGCUUCAGCUUCACUGUAGUUUGACAAACCAUUGAAGCAAGUAACUCCACAUGUGGAGUAAAUAGAUAAUUGAGAGUGAGCCAUUUAGGGAAUCAAUCAAACAUUAUAUUCUAUUCAAAUUCUUUCAAAUUUAAAAUGGCUUUGAAUUUCAAACAAAGUAAAUGUAUCAUUUUGCCUCGUCUUGUUUGUAGUUUGACAAACAAUUGGAGUAAGUAACUUAAUGGGAAAAAUACCGUUACCACUUAAUGAAUCAUUCAACCAUUACAUUCUGUUCGAAUUCUGUUUAAACUUGAAAUGUUUUUAAAAAUAUUGGUCAAUAUAAGUGUGUCAUUUUGUCAAAUCUUCACUGUAGUUUCCAUCAAAUAUAACAAAAUAAAAGUAAAGUUUGUCGCAUAACUACCAUCGUAAAAAAUUUUAACUACAAUUUCUAUUUCUAUAGAACAAUUGAGUGUAUAGGAUGUCCACGUUUUGACCUCUAUUGGCCAUGUAUUGCCUCACAUUCGAAUUAAAAUACCUUUAAGAUCUCCAAUAUAAUAUGAAGAGUUUGUAUUUCAAUAGUUUGCGGAAACAAAACAGCUAAAAUUGUAUUUCCUGUCAAAGAUGAAAACUUGUCAUGCAGUGCUCCUAACUUUUGUUUAAGAAUAUUAGAAGUGUGUAUUAAUAAAAAGAAUUUUAAUAUAAAUCUCUCUUUAAUAAAUGUCGAAAAUGAUAGUAAGAGUACUACCGAUAGUUUUUGAAUAGUAAAUCAAUUUGAUUGAAAUUGGAAAUUUUAAUGAUACGUGAAAAUAUUUAAUGAGGAAUUUGAAAUUUUGUAAAUAAAAUGUUUCUUGUAAACUGUUGGUAGUACGCUUUCUAUCCGAAGCUGGUUGAUCGAAUAAUUUCAUAAACAAAAAUUUGAAACACAAGAUUUUUCAUACAAAAUCUGUUGAUAUCUCGUUCUCCAUUCUACAGAUUUGAGUUUGUCAUAAGGGACAUUGGUGUAAAGUGACGAAAAAAAAUGCAUUAUGUAUUUUUAGUGGUGUAGUUGUAUCUGUGAAUAGAUUACUCUUCUUCAAAAAUGACAUUUUUCUCAAUUUUACUUGACCAAGAAACUUUGUUUUCACUCUCCGAAUAACAAAUUUUGACAUCUGUAUCCUGAUCAAAAUCAAAACCUCGUAAGACCAAAAAUGUAAUUUUAUAAAUACAAAAACAUUGUCUUUGAUAGUAAUGGGUAAGGUAAAGAAAAUUGAAUGAUUUUGGAUUAUUUUGAAAGAAAACUCAUUUUGUUCGGAAAAUACAUGGAAUUUACCAAAUUUUCCAAAAUAAUUUCCUCAGAAUCUUCUAAAAUAGAAGAAAAUAGACUAAAAACUGAGAAAAUUUAGACUAAAAGAAAAUUGAAUGAUUCUGGAUGAAUUAUUUUGAAAGAAAACUUAUUUUGUUCGGAAAAUACUCAAAAUUUUCCAAAAUAAUUUCCUCAGAAUCUUCUAAAAUAGAAGAAAGUACACUAAAAAUUACUAAACGAAAAUCACACUGAGAGACAUGGUUUUCACAUAUAACGAAAAGUUUCAAUAGAUGUCGCUACUAAUUCAAAACUUACAAAAUUCGAUAUACAAAGUUUCGACAUUCCGGUGAUUUGUUUGAUUCACUAUACUACGAGUUGUUUAUGAAAUUAUUGUCAGGAAACGGCUUAUAGGUCGAUUUUUCGAGAGGGCUCAAAUAGCGUUGCAGUUACAGCUAUUUAGGGCGCUAAGAAUUAUGUACAUUUUGACUGUGAUAUUUUUACCGAUCUAAGCGAAUAAUCAUCGUUAACUCGAUUAUAUAGCUCGAAGCUGUGACGAAUUUAAUGGAAAGUUAUGAGACGUAGAUAAAAAUACAGUCAAGUGACGUUGACGCGACGGAUAAAUCUUAGCGUAUUUAAUUUAUAUUUAAAAAAAAGAGUUAAGUUUUUAUAUAGAUAUAUAUAUAUAAAAAAAAUAAUAAUAAAAUAGUUUAUAAGGUCGAUAAUUUAGAUGUUAGAGUGGGCACGGUCUUCCUUUUGAGAAGCUUCUAUAUUUUGAUAAUGUUUUUUCAAAACUACCCCGAUUUUUAUGAAAAUAAUUUCGAAUCUUAACAAGAGAUUAGUAAAAAAAUUGUUAUAAUAUUAUCAAAGAAAAUUAGAAAAAUAGGACGAUAGAAUUUUUUUCUAGUGAUGUACGAAUUUAAUUUGACCGGUUAUACGUCAGUAGGUGUCUUUAGAUCAUGUAGUUGAAAUUAUAGAACGACUACUGGGGUGUUCUCGACUCGUAAAGUGACAUAAGUGUAUAAUAGUGUGAAAAUUUCAAAAAAUCGUACUUUUUUGAAUUUGCUGUCUAAACCGGUACGUUUUUCUCAUUGGUCUUCUGCAGUUGCUACAUCUAACAUCAUGAUAGUAUCUCGCAUAGAUAUUUAUGAUUAAUGCUGUCAAAAAUUUUGUCUAGCAACUUAUAAUUGCCACAAAGCGAGUUUUAGCUUUUCUUGGUAACACUUUUUGAGCUGGAAAAAUUCUAAAAUAAUGUUCUAAGUACUAUUUUCUCAUCAUCGUAAUAUCACUUUCUAGGGGUUGCCAACCGUCUUGAAGAGGCACCAAGGCGCGGAAGUUUUAAUUGGGCGAGUAGAUUUUCUAUACUGUUACACUUUGAUUUUGUUUAAUAGUUAUGAAAAUACUUCUAAAAACAUCCCAUUUCAUAUUUUUUCUCCUAAUUUUGGGAGGGAAUCGCUAAGUUGGGAACUGUGGGAUCAAAUCACCGAUAAAGGUCUUUCUUUCUUUUCCCCCUCGUCUUCCUUAUACCCCCAUCUCGUGUCGGACACCUACAGAGGAUACUAGAAAAAAAUUCUUUCGUGCGAUUUUUAUUUAAUUUCUAUGAUUUUUUGAAAGAGCGUGAAAAAACUCAGUAAUUUUUAAAUUGCAAGAUUAUUUUUCCACUUUUCAGUGGAUUUUUAGCUGUAAUUCCAGGGAUAUUUAUUUUCAGUGUAUUUUUUUGAGUACAUAUUGAAAAAAAUGACGUUUUUCUCCAUAUUCCAAUGGGGUAAAAAACAAUAACGAAACUUGGUGGUUUAAAAAUCAUUAUCAAGUUUUUAGCUCGCUCCUUUUAGUGUCUUAACAACAGUACUAGGUCGUGAAGGACAAAAAUAAAGGUCAAGCAUCCGAAUUUUUGAACAUCUGUUUUUAAUUCCGCUCUAGUAUUGUAUAAUUUCAAACUGGACCCUUCCCAGCUGUUUUUUACUAAAUAUACGUUUAUAAUUUGUAUAUUUUUUAUUGUAUUAUUUUUUAUUUUCUAGAUUUUUUUUUUAAUUUAUUUAAGUCGUUAAAUAUACAGGAAUAGAAAUUAUUUCUUAUAUUUAAAAACCGAUUUUUUUUUACUACAUAAGAGCAAUUUUUUUUAAUUAACUCUACCUGUGAUACAGUUAGAAAAUGUGUGCCUAUUCUAACUGAAUGUGGAACAAAUCACAUUCUGAACAUUUGAAAAAAGUUAUUCGAGAUAACGUAACGAGGAGCUGUGACUGCAACUUAAUUGUUUAAAUAGAAAACUGGAGACUUUACCGUGAUACAAACAAUCGUCCUCGUCGGAUAUUAUUUUUUAUUUUUUUUUCGGUUUGUGUCAUUUCUCUCCAGAUCGGUUUCGUUGAUUUAUUAAGGGAAUAUGAGUUUGAAGGAAUGGAAAAAUGCUCCACUAUCUUUUACAGAGCAUUAUAAUUUUAAUGCAUUUACACAAUUUGUUCUGUUAGAAAUCAAUUAAUAAAAAUUUCAAAAUUUC